AAUUCCACUCAACUUUGUCAUUGCAACAGCACCAAGUCAACUUACACCACAUUUCCCGCCAGGAAAACCUGACCAUAGAUCAAGAAAACUGUUAAUCUCCCCCAAAUAACAAUCUAACAUAUGGAAAAGAAAAACAGAAGCUGAGAAUUUUCCUCAGUAUCUCCAAAAUCAAGAAACAAGAACCAUAUUUUCAAGGUAAAAAAAACAUAACACAAAACAAAAUUGUUCUAAGAAAAACAAUGGCACAAGCUGCAGCAAAGAAGAGACCUCCUAUAGCUUCAUCAGCAAAACCAUCUCCUAAUGUCCUCCCUUACCAAACACCAAGAUUAAGAGAACAUUACACUCUUGGCAAGAAACUAGGCCAAGGCCAAUUUGGUACAACUUAUCAAUGCACAGAAAAGGCAACAGGUCUUCAAUAUGCAUGCAAAUCAAUCCCAAAAAGGAAACUUUUAUGCAGGGAAGAUUAUGAAGAUGUUUGGAGAGAAAUUCAAAUAAUGCAUCAUUUGUCUGAGCACCCUAAUGUAGUAAGGAUCAAAGGGACAUAUGAGGAUAAUCUUUUUGUCCAUAUUGUUAUGGAAUUAUGUAAAGGGGGUGAGCUUUUUGAUAGGAUUGUUCAAAAAGGUCAUUAUAGUGAGAGGAAAGCUGCACAUUUAAUGAAGACAAUUGUUAAGGUUGUUGAGGCUUGUCAUUCUCUUGGUGUUAUGCAUAGAGAUCUUAAGCCUGAGAAUUUCCUCUUUGAUAGUUCUGAUGAAGAUGCUACCCUUAAGGCUACCGAUUUCGGGUUGUCCAUUUUCUAUAAGCCUGGGCAUUAUAUAUCUGAUGUUGUUGGAAGUCCUUAUUAUGUUGCUCCUGAAGUGUUGCAUAAAUAUUAUGGACCUGAGAUAGAUGUAUGGAGCGCUGGUGUCAUCUUAUACAUCUUAUUAUCUGGGGUUCCUCCUUUUUGGGCUGAGACAGACAAUGGUAUCUUCAAGCAGAUUUUGAAAGGAAAGAUAGACUUUGAAUCUGAACCUUGGCCUCAUAUAUCUGAUAGUGCAAAAGACUUGGUUAAAAAGAUGCUCAACAGGGAUCCUAAAGCGCGAAUAACUGCUCAUGAAGUCCUAUGUCAUCCAUGGCUUGUGGACGAUGCGGCUGCUCCAGACAAACCUUUGGGAUCUGCAGUUUUAACUCGCCUAAAGCAGUUUUAUGACAUGAACAAACUCAAGAAAAUGGCUUUACGAGUCAUAGCAGAAAGGCUUUCAGAGGAAGAAAUAGGAGGCUUAAAGCAGUUAUUCAAAAUGAUUGACACAGAUAACAGCGGGACAAUCACAUAUGACGAACUGAAGGAUGGCUUGAAAAGAGUAGGAUCUGACCUUGUGGAGUCUGAAAUCAAGGCCUUGAUGAACGCGGCUGACAUUGACAACAGUGGCACAAUUGACUAUGGUGAAUUCAUUGCCGCGACACUGCAUUUGAAUAAGAUGGAGAGAGAGGAAAAUCUGCUUGCUGCAUUCUCCUACUUUGACAAAGAUGGCAGUGGUUAUAUCACAACUGAUGAGCUUCAACAGGCCUGCAUAGAUUUUGGCCUCGGUGAUGUUAAAUUGGAUGACAUAAUUAAAGAGAUUGACAUAGAUAAUGAUGGACGUAUAGAUUAUGGAGAAUUUGCGACAAUGAUGAAGAAGGGAAAUACAGGAUUUGCAGCGAGAACUAUGAGAGGCAAUUUGAAUUUUAACUUGGCAGAUGCUUCUGGAGCAAAUGACAGUGAGAAAAAUCAAUAACCAAGCUGAUAGAAAACGUUGGACCAAUCGAGGAUCUAGGGAGAUCGUGAGGCUUUCAAUCGAACCAGGGAAGAGUCAACUAGAGCUGCAUUUGCCGCGACAAUGUUGGACCCUAACCAAGAGAGACUGGUGCAUGGUGCUCUAUUGUUUGACAUGGUAGAUAGGUUUAGUUCUAUAGUAGCAAAAAUUAUUGUUGUUGCUGCUUUAUCUUACUAUAUAAUUGGAGGGCUUCUCCUCUAUUUCACAAAUUUAGAUCACUGUUGUCUGUACUUGAGGAGUGUUGUAAAAACCUUCUUUAUGUCUAUAUUCAUUUGGUGUUACUAGAAAUUGAAUAACACUUUUUCAUCA